UACCUUUUUGUGACCAUUCCCCACCAAAAUGCCGUCCCACCAUCUGUCAAUCGCUCCGCUGGCAACACUGCUGCUGCUCAUCUUGCCCCACUGCUCCACCACAACCCUCCACCAUCUCUCGGAACGGGACGUCGCCGACCAGCUGUCCCGGAUGUACCGCCUGCUGGAGAUGCUAAGCCUCCAAUCGCAGCGCGCAAUCCGCGACACCGUCUGUAUCGUUCCGGUGCUGGAACAGCCCGUGUGCGGCAGCGAUGGCCAAACGUACGGGAACCGCCAGCUGCUGGAGUGUACCGCACUGUCACGGAAGGAUGGGGAGAAGGCGUUGGUCGUGAGCAGGAUGGGAGCUUGUUGAAUAAAGUUGAUUCGGCUUGAGUCGACACCCUGGCCAAUGAUUUGCUUCAUUAGUUGCGCGCGAACAACUGCUAAUCUCGAAAGUAUGUCGUUAAGAAUAGUCCAUAAAUAGGUGCGUUGUGAGCUGGCGCAGGGGUUUUCAGUGUGAUUCGGGAUGAAGUCCGUGCUUUUGGUUGUGCUGGUUGUCGUGGUUGUUGGGGUAGUGUCCGGAGAUCGAACAAGGGGUGAGAGAUAUAAUAUCAGGAUUCCGGAUCUUCGUUAUCAGGAUUAUCGGAAGAUGUGUCCCAACGUGGACAGAUUGAUUGAUGAGGCCGUAACGAAGGCGUUACGAUCGUACCAGCAGAAGCUCGGCCUAACCACGAGGCUACCCCCAACGCAACCUCCUCCUAAAGGCAAAGACGAGAAGCUGCAGGAGUUGGUUCAGGAUACCCGCUCCAAGAUCGCCAGCAUGUUGAAGAUCAUCGACAAGGCCGCUGAGGAUGGUA